AUGCUAAUUAAUCAUUCUCCUGUAUUUCUUUUACAGAACCCACCUCAAACACCUUAUUUCUUUUCAGUAAACGGAGGCCUUGGCGAGUGGUCCAAAUUCGGUCUUUGUUCAAAAUCCUGUGGGAGUGGGGUGAGGAUGCGUCAUCGGGAAUGUAAUAAACCUGUGCCUCGAUAUGGUGGGACAGAAUGCGACCCUAAAGACCUAUUUCAGACAAAAGCGUGCAGUAACAUCAAGUGUCCCGCGAAAACUUUGAAGAGUGAGUGCAAAUUAAUUUUCGUUUAAUCUUAAAACUGAGUGGCUCACGAAGGCCGUUGCUGGUACUAAGUUUCCAUGGCACAUUCUACAAGAAUGGGAUAAUAUUUUAUCGAUGGUUAAAUUUUGUCAGGUCACCUUGGCAAUGUGCUAUUACCCAAUUAUAUUCCUGAUUCGAGAGAGACACUGUAAGAGUUUUUAAGUGUCUUCUCAAGAAACAUAACACAUUGACCCAGCCGUGCCAAGGCUUGAACCCAGACCUCUCGAUCAGAAGCUCAGCGCGCUAACCAGUAAGUCAGCGCACAGAUUAUGCAAUCAGGCGCCUCUAAAUAAAGAUCGGAAGCAUGCAUUUUUUUUCAUCACAUGUUUCAUACAGUUUUGAACUCAUUGGCUCGAAUACGCACCUUCCCCUCUCGCUGGGUAUACUUUUGUUCGUACGCAUGAUUUUGAGUGUGUUUAACAGUUUUGGCCAAUCAUAGCUAACCAUGUCCUCGUGCGUGCAUUUGGACUUUGUUUUGUGAUUUACAUCAUUUUCAUUCCCUGGUUGUUUUCUCCUGUCGCACGCAAAUGUAAUGGCGAUACUUUUCAAGAUUUGAUCGUCCGAGUGUGUCGGAUUCAACAUAUCACCGGUUAUUUAAGACCAGAGGCCUCUCAAAUUGGAUAUUUCACUCUAGAGUUUCAAGCAAUUGGAUAAAUUAUGUCUCCCAUUUAGGUCUUCAAGUUGCAAAUGUUGAUCCAAAGACGUUGUGUGAUUUUAACCCUUGUGAAGAGGUUGGAUGUCUUUAUGACCCAGCAGCGCACUGCAUCACUGAUUUCGAGUGCAAUCCUUCGUUCUUCAAUCUCAAUGGGGAGAUGCUCCCGAAAUGCAAGGGUACGUUUCACAUGCAAAGUAAAAGAGAACUCAGUGACCUAACUAAUUACAUUAAACACCUGUCGUUCCAUAAACAGGAACCUCGAAACUAGUUACUGUAAGGGUGAUCGAGGUCCAUUUUAUCUCACUUUUUACCCCACAAAACGAAGAAAAAUCCGGCCAAAAGUCAAGGGCAAGUCGUCUUAUAGCUACUCUUUAAACAGACAAUAUUACAGAGCCACCCUAAGCACCCGUCGCCUAGUGCUAAAUAUAUUCAUCUCUCCACAUUUUCACCUUUCAUCACCCUCUGUUCUGUAAUCAUAUGAUUUGUAUCUCCGAAUCAUAUGAUGCGCAUUUCGACCACACUUAAUCGCGACAUAAGUUCGAAACGAUUUGGAAUAGUAUCGACAGAACACACACAUCGUAAGUGUAGUCUUAUUAGCAGUCACUUCAGGAAACUUAUACGAUUUUGAUCUGCAUAAUUUGUAACUAUACUUUCAGCUCGAGGGAAUGAUAAUUCUCUAACACAGCGUUAGAAGAAUGGCCAAAUUAAGCCUUUGAAUCCUCAACAAAGUGGCGCACAAAGGUACAAUUUAACUUGGAUGCUUCAUUUUUUUUUUAAAGGAAUAGACAGCCUCUACUCAAAAAUCCCACAAGUGAUUUGCAGCUUUAAUCCGUGCCUCUCUGAGAGAUGCUCAGAAAUCAGAAGUCAUUGUUUGGUCGACCUAAAAUGCAAGCCAGUGUUUAUUGAUGUCGACAUACGGACUAUACCGCCUCAGUGCCAAGGUGAGGUAUUUUUACACUCAAAACGUCAUGAGAGUUUCAGGAGAGAGAGAGAGAGAGUUACAGGAUCGUGAUGUGGGAAUCAAGGUUCAACGACGACUUUCUCAGAGCAGUCAUUUGUAAAUUGGCCAUAGAUCAGUAAUGAAUAUAUUAAAGUUUGAGUGACAAUUUUCUUCGCUCGAGUUCAAUUGGUAUCAUGUUAUUUGAACGAGUGCUUAAAUAUAUUUAAAGUUUUGGUCAAUAUUCAUCUUUGACGCAGCGGCCGGCAGUUGUUUGUUUUUGUAUUGAUCACCGCUUAACCAUCUUUCAACACUGCACUCUCAUUGGUCUACUAUUUUUAUCGUCUAGCCAAAGUUGUCACGCGUUUGUGAUCAUGUCAUCACAUGUCAUAGGCUUUUAAUUUUUCAUUUAAAAGAGAACAUUUUCGCAAACUUGUCAUUAGUUCGUAACUGUGAGAGAACUCUUACUGAGUUCAGUCUCGCGCUGAGUGUUAAAAGGGAUCACCACAUCUAUUUUCAAUUACAAAAGCAAUGUACAAGCGCCUUUAAUGAAGUGAUGUUAUUAUCAUUGUUAUAAUUUUAAUUAUUUCAACACUUAUUUCUAUUCAGUCCAUGGCACUGUCAGAGUGGAUCGUUUGAAAGGAGAUCAAACCUGGACUAAACUAAGUCCAGUAAACAUCAAACAGUCCUCAGUCAGCCUAGCAUCUGACGUGACUCCUUCGUUUACACAACUUUGGUACCCCGUGACUCUUGCUAAAAGGCUGGGCCAAUUUGAAAGGUAAAGUAUUGAAAUUUUCGGUACAGAUUGUGCGCUCAUGUUUAACUUGCUUGAUUUUCAAACUCUUGAGUUAACUUAUCUUUCUGAAGUCUUCAAGCAAGAGUCUAAACACUACAAAAAUGAUAAAUUGCAUACAACCACCGAUAACAGAGAAGCUGUCUUUCUUGUCUCGGCUGCGUUUGACGCCAGAAACUUUGCUUAAGUAUACUAAAGGUUAGGGAAUAUGUUUCUGUAUAUCGGUUAAUUUUUUUAUUAGCCCAUUUUAUUAGAGCCUAUUAUUUUAGUAGCUUUCUUUUUGCAUUGGUUUUAGAUGUAGACUUUCCUUUUUUUACUAAUCAUCACACACAAGGGCAUAGCCAGGAUUUUUCAAAUGGGGGUCACAAUGUGUCACACAAAGGGUACUCACCAGAUUGACAUGUCGACCUCCACGCCGUGUUUUACCUAAUGAGACAAAAAAAGGCUUAUAAGGGGGGUAGGGUUCCGUGUUCAUCAGAACCCCCUAGCUAAGCCCUUGAGUCCCAAUCCAGCACCCUUUACCCAAAGAAUUUCGUGAAAGCUUUCUCUGCGGCGACUGUGUUGGUGUCAAUUCCAAUAGUUUUCGAGUUUUUUUAAACACUGAUAACAACUGGCAUUAUUGAGAAGCAGUAUGUGUACAAAAUGAUACCUAGCUGUGUAUAUUCUGUUUAGAAUAAAAGGAGCAUCUCCUUAUCCAACGGCUCUAGCGAGACCUCUAAGUGCAUACAGAACAGCCAUGGCAGCUGUUGCUGGGAAACACGCAGGUAACAUUAUCCAUCAUAAACAAUACAAAUUCCUCAAAUGUUAUUGGUGCAUUUUCAGCUUCAUUUUUCACUGAUCAUUCUGUACAGUUGUAAUCGGACUGUGUAAUCGCACAGGUGGCUGUAAUCGGACACCCUUAAUCAGACAGUUGAAGCAGCCAAUCAUACUAAGUCCACUCACCUAAUCCACUAAUAACAAAAAUGAUCAAAAUAACCAUAGCAACAACCGCUUAUCCAAAGAAAAACUGGGUAAUCUCCAAAAUGAAGGAAUUUUUGACUUAAGACACUGGAGAUAUUUUACUGGGUGUAUUUGUUUUUUCGGAAAUUGAAAUGGUGAUAGUUAAUUGGUAACAGGACUUCUUGUUGUCCAAUUCUGUCCGUAAUCAUACUCGUGAUUAAAAAAUCGGACUCUCUCCUCGCGGUCGUCCGAUUUUUGUCAAUCACUCGUAUGAUUACAGAUCGAAUUGGAUUCCAAUUGGUCCUAUUAUCAUUACUAAUCAUGCAGCUGAAUGUAUAAGGACUCAGAGGGCACAUAUGUUUGUUGAAAAGAACCCACUAAUGAAUCUAUUCAAACAUGAAAACUAUUUUGAACUGAAAUCAUAUCAAAUCGAUCUCUAAAACAACAUCAAAUUUAUUGGGACUGUCGUUAACAAGAGUAAUAUGAGCGAAAGGCCAUUUUGAAAGUCAGGUUUGCAGUUUGGCGGUGUACUUUACCAGUCCGGACCAUUGACAAUUUUGUCUAUGCCAUUUCCUAGGAGUAAUCGGCUCCUGCAUUUCAUUGGCAUGAUUGGUCUAGACAAAACCAAAACAAACUGAUGUGACCGAGAGAGGAUUGGGACGAUACUUUUUCUCGCUAGCUUUCUCGUGGCGGCCAUAUUGUAAUGCGAAGGAGACGGCAGAACAGAAUUCAAAAUUUCAAGAGACAACAUUGACUUAUUGAUUUCCAUAUUACUGUACUACAAAUCUCAUUUUCGACGGACAUGUCAUGACGACAUGGUAGAGACAAGGCUGUCUAUGGCCCGGACCGUUUACACCAACAAGAAACGAAAGAAAUUAGAGAUUACUGACAAAAUGACCGAAAAACAAAAAGACAAAUAUUCUGAAUCAUUGUUUAUUUCGCAGUACCUGUAGUUCAACCCUUGGAACAAAGGCCGGUUACGGAGGUGUUUAUAGAGAAACGCCCAGGUGAUAACGAUGAUGACUUUGAUGAUCAUGAUGAUGAUGAUGACGACGACGAUGAUGAUGAUGAUAAAGCUGAUGAUGAUGAUGAUAAUGACGACGGGAAUGUACAUGCUGACCUUGACGAUGACAAAUAGCCUCUACAACAUUGGCAUUUACACUUCUGAACAAUGUUAAGUUUGAAUUCACACUUUCAGUCACUUGUAUUUUGUCUCUCCGCUCACUUAUCUUUUCAGAAAAAUCAAAACAAAGGCCCGUUUUUCAUGUAAAUAGACAAGAAAAAAAUGCCCUAGGAAAACGAAGUCGACAAAAUAUACUUAAAAAGAGAAUAAUUUUUUACCGACCUGAUUGAACUUUCGGUGUGACUCUUUAAGUAUUCCGUACUCGUUAUUUUCUUUUAAACAAGAAAAAACGUUUUCCUUAAAAAAGUUUUACUGCGCAUUUUGUUGCAUAUUUUGUCGUCUUUACAUGAGUUCUCACGAUGAGGUCGUCCUCGAUCAUCAAGAUCGUCAAAGCGCUUAACUUCUUCUUUCGUUUACUUUCCUGGGCUCGGGG